AUGGAUCGGAUUUCAACUAAAGUCGCUCUUACAAAGAGGAAUAUUUUUACAGAAGAUAUCCGUUGUGUGCUGUGUGAGGAAGGGGAGGAAACGGUAGACCAUGUAUUUUCUGGAUGUGGUUUCUCAACCGGGGUGUGGGAUAUUGUAUCUAAAUGGUGUGGUAUUCCUAAUUAUUUCACUUUUAGCCUUAAAGAUGUCAUGGAGCUUCAUAACGUGCAAGGUAUAUCGACAACACACAAAGAGAUUGUUAGAGGGGUGAUUAUAGCGUCUUGUUGGAGGUUAUGGAAAGCUAGAAAUGAAUUCAUAUUUGAGAACAAAGUGCUUAAAGUUGUGGAGAUAGUGGCAGAUAUCAAGGCGCUAACAUAUUUAUGGUAUAGUAAUAGUAACAAUAGUGAAGGUUUGGACUCGGAGAAUCGGUAUAAAUUGUAUUUGAUGUAA